GGGACCCCAGGGCUGGCUUGGGGGGGGGCAGGGCUGGUGCAUUGGCUUGGGGGGGGGCAGGGCUGGUGCAUUGGCUGGGGGGGACCCCAGUGCUGCCUGAGGGGGGGCAGGGCUGGUGCAUUGGCUGGGGGGGACCCCAGGGCUGGCUGAGGGGUGGGAGGCAGCGGAUCCUGCACCCACAGAGAUGAUGAAGGACGAAAACAUCUUCCUCUUUGUGCCGAACCUCAUUGGCUACGCCCGGAUCCUGCUCCUCUUCCUCGCCUUUUAUUUCAUGCCGAGCGACCCCGGCCCGGCCGCCGCCUCCUACCUGCUCAGCGGCCUGCUGGACGCGGUCGACGGCCACGCGGCCCGCGCCCUCAACCAAGGGACCCGGUUCGGCGCCAUGCUGGACAUGCUGACCGAUCGCUGCGCCACCAUGUGCCUGCUGGUGAACCUGGCGCUGCUGGACCCGCCCCGCGCCCUCCUCUACCAGCUCAGCAUGAGCCUGGACGUCGCCAGCCACUGGCUGCACCUGCACAGCUCCGUGGUUCAGGGCAGUGACAGUCACAAGAGCAUCGACCUGACGGGGAACCCGGUGCUGCGGGUGUAUUACACCUCGCGGCCUGUCCUCUUCACCAUGUGUGCCGGGAACGAGCUCUUCUUCUGCAUGCUGUACCUGCUGCACUUCACCGAGGGGCCUGCAGUGCUCCCCGGACGCCUGGGUCUUUUCCGUCUCAUCCUCUGGGUCUCGACCCCCCUCGCCGCCCUCAAGUCCCUCAUCAGCCUCGUGCAGCUCGUCUCUGCCUCCUGCAAUAUGGCCGCCCUGGACGUGGCCGAGCGGGCCAAGAAGAAGUAGUGGUGGGGGAGGGGGAGGCCGGCAGAGACACCCCCACCCCCCAUGGGACCAGCCCCCCCCGGGGUGAAGCUCCCCUCGAUUGGUUAGAAACCCACCAAUCGGUGUUGGGUGCUUGUGGCACGGGUGUGACGUGUUUCCCACAGUGCUUUGCAGGGGGUGUGAAAGUCAUGCCGAAGGUGUAGCCUACGUCCCCCUCCCACGAUGCUUUGCGCCCUCCGGGGACCAUGUUUAUCCCACGGGCCCGUUUCCCGCCAUGCUCUGCAGUGGGCCCUGGGCAUUGAUUGUCUGGGGGACGUCACUGCGGCCUCCCCUUGUUUCCCACAAUGCCCUGCGGGCUGUGGUUUAUUCCAGCGCCCUUGGCUUCCCAUGGUGCUUUGUGCUUGUUUGGGCGGUGGCUGCAUUUAUACCUGAGCCCCCCGAUUUCCCACAGUGCUUUGAGGGUGAGUGUUUGGGGUUAUUCACAAGGCUCCUGAUCCAUUGCCCAUCAUGCUUUGCACUCCUGCAGGAGCCGUAUUGGUUCCUCCUCCUCUUCCCGUGAUGCUCUGCCCUGGGGCAAUCACUCCGUGGGGGGGAUAACUAUGGGGGAGGGGUCCCCUUUCCAGAUCCCCCAUGGCUCCUUUUCCUUCCCACAAGGCUUUGUGCCCCCCAGCUUGGUGUGAGGGCGGCCAUGUCUUUUUGCCCCUUCUGCUGAGUGCGGACGCCUCACUGCCCCCAGCGAGGGGGGGGGUGUGUCAUUCCUCAUCUGCCCCCACCCAGGGGAGCCCAGGCCCGUGCCCCCCAGCAGACGGCCGCUUCCCCUGCGUAAGCAUCUCCGUGUGUGUGGUGGAUGUUCGACUCCGCUGGGACUCGACCCUGCCCCCCGGGGGUCGGGGGGUAACUGACCCCGCUGUGGGGAGGGGUCCCAGCUACAAUAAAGAGCAGGCCGUCAA